UAUAUUGUGGUUUGUGGUCAUUCUUUACACUAUUAAGGGGUAAGGCUACAAAGGGAGGCUAAAAUGCCUACACUUGUUGCCCAGCCCUAUUCUUUGAGCCUCAACCCCGUUCUUACUGCGUCAGGCGUUAAGGGCAAACCAGUAACUUCAUUGUCCUCCGAAGGCGAUGGAAUCUUUGGUUACAUUCAAUCUGUGAUUCAUGACAAACAAGAAACGGAAUCGCCGUUCAUGGUUCUCGAUUUAGGGGUAGUUAUGGACCUCAUGGACAAGUGGCGCACGAUGCUUCCAAUGGUUCAACCGUUCUAUGCGGUAAAGUGCAACCCUGACCCGUCCUUGCUUGGAUCAUUAGCAGCGAUGGGUUCGAGUUUCGAUUGCGCCAGCAAAUCAGAGAUCGAAGCAGUUUUGUCCCUCGGCGUCUCGCCGAAUUGCAUCAUCUACGCUAAUCCAUGCAAAUCGGAGUCGCACAUUAAGUACGCCGCUAGCGUCGGUGUCAACGUAACAACCUUUGAUUCAGAAUAUGAGGUUGAAAAGAUCCGAAAAUGGCACCCUGAAUGCGAGCUUCUCCUCCGCAUAAAACCUCCAGAAGAUGGUGGUGCGCGAUGUGCAUUAGGUCGCAAAUAUGGCGCACUACCGGAGGAAGUUCCGACGCUCCUCCAAGCCGCAAACGAUGCAGGCUUGAAGGUCAUCGGAGUUUCCUUCCACAUCGGUAGUGGAGAUGCCGAUUCGAGAGCCUACCAUGGCGCCAUCGCUGCCGCUAAAGGAGUUUUUGAAAUGGCUUCUCAAUUAGGCAUGGCUAAAAUGCACGUGCUGGAUAUUGGUGGAGGCUUCACAUCUGGCCCAGGGUUCGAUGCAGCUGCAAUGCACGUGAACAAAGCUCUUGAAUCCAACUUUGGAAACGAAGAGGGCAUAACGGUAAUUGGAGAACCAGGCCGUUACUUUGCGGAAACGGCUUUUACGUUCGCGACAAAGAUCAUUGGGAAGCGCGUGAGGGGAGAGUUGAGGGAGUAUUGGAUUAGCGAUGGGAUUUACGGGAGUUUUAACUGCAUAAUGUUCGACUUUGCAACCGUCACGUGCAGGCCUCUGGUUACGUGCGGUGAGAAUAUGGUUCCCAUGUGCUUUAAAGACUCGAAAACAUUCUCGUCUACUGUGUUUGGGCCCACAUGUGAUUCGCUUGAUACGGUGCUGAGGAACACGCAGCUUCCCGAGCUGCAUGCGAAUGACUGGCUUGUGUUCCCUAACAUGGGUGCUUAUACCACCGCUGCAGGGAGCAAUUUCAAUGGGUUUAGUGCUUCAGCCAUCACUACCUACCUUGUAUAUUCAACUCCUAUAGCCUAGGGAAAAGACUUAGUUAUGAGUUCUCAUCCAUAUGGCUUAGAUUAACUUGAUAGGCUACAACAAGAUCUAUAUUUUGUAAUUUUGAAUUAUACGUCUGCAUCAAAAGUAGUAGCGUGAGGUUCUCAAUCUCAGUUUGCAUC